UGGGAUUCUGCACUCACUGCAACAAAGCGAACAACAAUGGCGUCCAAUUCGAAAUCGGAGAGUUUUCUGCAGCGAUACGGUUACGAUUUUCUGCUGGGAUCAAUCGCUGCUUUCUACGUUCUCACUGUGCCUUACACUAAGGUCGAAGAGAGUUUCAACGUUCAGGCAACGCACGAUAUUCUCUAUCACCGGCUGAACUUAGACAAUUAUGAUCAUCUGGAAUUCCCUGGGGUGGUUCCUCGCACCUUCAUUGGUGCUUUGCUUGUGUCAAUCCUUGCGGCUCCAUUUGUGUUAAUUGCAAGUUUGCUGCAAUUGCCUAAGUUUUAUGCUCUUCUCGCAGUUCGAAUGGCCCUAGGGUGCAUCAUAUUAUAUACGCUAAGAUUCUUUCGACGUCAGAUAAGGAAUACAUUUGGGCAUCAAGUAGAAGCCUUCUUUGUGAUAUUAACUGCCAUUCAGUUUCAUUUUCUGUUCUAUUGUACCCGUCCACUUCCUAACAUUCUUGCUCUGGGUCUAGUGAAUUUGGCAUAUGGAUACUGGUUCAAGGGGCGUUUUUAUGCAUCUCUAAACUCUCUGAUUUUUGCUACAACUGUAUUCAGAUGUGACAUGCUGUUACUUCUUUGUCCCAUUGGGCUGCAACUUCUUUUGACAAAAAAAAUUUCAGUAUUGGGUGCUCUAAAACACUGCACUUGGAUGGCCCUCUUUUGCAUAGGUCUAACCAUAUUGGUUGAUUCAAUUAUGUGGAAAAGAUUAUUGUGGCCUGAAUUUGAAGUCUUUUGGUUUAACUCUGUGCUAAACAAGAGCUCUGAAUGGGGAACACAUGCUUUCCAUUGGUACUUCACCUCAGCACUUCCUCGUUCACUACUUGCUGCAUAUCCACUUUCACUGUUUGGCCUUUUUGUAGACAGAAGGGCACGAUCUUUCACUUUUCCAGUUCUUGCCUUCAUUUUGCUUUAUUCUAAGUUGCCCCACAAGGAGCUCCGUUUUAUCAUAAGUUCAGUUCCAAUAUUUAACUUGUCUGCUUCAAUUGCUUCUAACAGAAUUUACAACAACAAGAAAAAGAUGAUUUGGAACUUGCUUUUCCUCAUUUUGUUGGGAUUACUUCUAGUGAGUGUUGGAGGCUCCAUCACAACUUUCAUGGCAUCAUAUUGGAACUAUCCCAGUGGGCAUGCCUUAAAAGAAUUGCAUGGACAUGGAUUUGGUUUUCAUAAUGAUACAGAUGAACGAAGGGUGCACAUUGAUACAUUUUCAGCCAUGAAUGGGAUAUCUCGCUUUUGUGAAAGUGAUUUCCCAUGGAGGUAUUCCAAAGAAGAACAAAUUAAGUUGCAAGAAUUUCAGCAGAGGAAUUUUACUUUUCUUAUAAAUGAACAUCCCAUGAUCAAUGGAUUCAAGUGCCUUUUUACUGAAGAUGGGUUCUCAAGAGUGCGCUUGAAAUUUGGCUUUCCACCAAUUUUAAUGGUUAAAGAGCCCAAAGUGUAUGUCCAUGGAAAUUUAGAAUACCAGGAUAUUGUCAACAAAAAUUGGCCUGGCUGCCCAUAAUCAUAUGCCUGGUAUGAUAAUCUCUUUGAAAUCAUAGGGUUUGAAGAGUGUUGGUAUAAGAUUCAUACUGGUUCAACAAUCUGAUUUGGGAUAACUUUAUUUUUGCUAGAAAAAUUUUGGUUCAAAUUAAUGCCGAUAAAUACUAUUUGAGGGGUAAUUACUUAAAAUUUUGCGCUAGUGCUGCUGGAAGGUUAAUGAGCAAUCCUGGUAAUUGGUGUACACUAUUGCUAGAGCAGAAUUUUCAACAUUAAUAUAUUGCUUAACUGCAUGAGGAUGGCUUGUUUACUUUGGUUAUUUGAAGGAAAUGAUUGUAGUGGAGGCUUGGAGCUACUUUACCAAUUAUAAAGCAUGAUGCAUUUUUGGUACUGCUAUAGCAAAUAGGAAGGCUUUACUUUGCAUGUGUAUUCUACGGGCAUCCAAGUCCUUGCUUUUCUUCAAGGAGAAAAGUCUUAGAACACUAAUGAUUCAUGUAACAUAUAUCAACAAUUACUAUAAUUGACCAGGUAAGAAGAACAAAAAAUGCUAAGGAUAUGCAGGAUUUUUUUAUUUUUUUUUUGCAUGUAAUUCUGUACAGAAUUAUGGUUUUCUGUUUACAACGAAUGAGGUAGGCUUAAAAUUUGUUUUACAUUUGGCCUCAGAAAA